AUGGGUUUUACAAAUUUAGAGGAAUUAGAUUGCUCUAAUAAUGAAUUAACUGGGCUAAAUUUGAGUGAUAAUAAAAAGUUAAAAAGACUUAAUUGUGGUUCUAACAUUAUUACCAAAUUGGAUUUAACUUACCUAAAGCAUUUAGAAAGUCUUUUUUGUAAUGACAAUCUCAUAAAAGAUUUAGAUCUUUCCCAUUUAGAUGCUGAUAAACUAACUUAUUUAGAUAUUAAAGAUAAUAAUUUGAAUUCCGAUGGUCCCCGAGAUUUAUCAGAUUUUAAUCGUUUUGUUAAUUUGAAAACCUUAUCAAUUGGUAAUGACAAAGAAGAAAAAUGUAAUCAUUUCUCUGGCUCUCUAAGCCCUUUAGCGAAAUUAAAAAAUUUAGAAGAGUUGCAUAUCUCAAAUACCGAUAUUAGUGAGGUUGUUAUUGAAGAAUUGCCCGAAAGUUUGAAUCAUAUUACCAGUUCCACUAAAGAAAGAACUAAUAGUAAAUUAGAGAAAAUAAAAGAAAAAUUAAACUCUUAUAAUACUAAAAAACUCUUAAAUAGGAUGUAUCCAGAUAAGAGGGCUACAGCACUGACUAAUCUUUACUCGGAAAGUUUAAAGGGACAUCUUGAUUUAAAGUAUCCUGAAAGUGGGUGGACAGAAAAUUUUGGUCAGGAAAACAAAAGUAGAAAAAGAAAAGACAUUAGGGAGUUAGAUAUUAGUGGCGAGGGGUUAGAAGGUAUAUUAAAAUUAAAGGGCUUUGAUGACUUGCGGUACUUGACUUGCCGUAAUAAUCAACUAAUUGAAAUUGACUUGGCUGAUUGUCCAAAAUUGGAAGGUAUUGAUUGCAGUUUCAAUAAAUUGAAGAAGUUAAAAUUUAAUAAGGAUUGCAAUUUAAAAGAACUACAAGCUUCUGAUAAUGAAUUUGAAAGUAUAAAAGAUAUUUUUAGCAAAAUAGAAGAAAAAGUUAAAAAUAAGUAUUCUACUGAAACUUUAGAAUAUUUCAAUGUUAACAGUAAUAACAUUUCUGAUGGUAAAAUAGAGAAUUUUAAUAAGUUUGCUAAAUUAAAAAGUUUAUCUAUUGGCAAGACUGAUGGAACAACGAAAACAAAUAAAUUUGCAGGUUCUUUGGAGAGUCUAAAGGAUCUAGAAGUACUACUUGAAAUUGAUAUUCGUGGUAAUAAUGAUGUUAAUAUUAAGGAGUAUGUCAAAAACUUUUUGAGAGAAGGAAUGAAACUGGAGUCAAAACUAGAUGAUAAAGAGAAAAUUGACCUCAAUAAAGCUAAACAAGAAAUUUUACGAUUAGAAGAGUUAAAAAAAUUCUAUAAUGAGGGUAAUUUUUAUGACAUAAAAUCCUUAUUAAAAAGUGAGAAAUCAUCAUCGCAUGAUACUUCGGUGAUUUAUCCAUCUGAAGAAGCAGGAUUUGGUUGGGGAACUAUUGGUGAACUCCCGCCAAGUAAAUUACCACGAAGACUUUGCGAAAUCGGAAACGAAAUUAAGGGUGAAGAAGCAAAUGGACAAAUUGAAGAGUUAAAAAAAGACUUAGAAGGACUUAAGGAUUUUACUACUCAAUUAUCCAAGUUGAGUAAAGAGGAAAAGGAACAGUUAAAAAAACAAAUUGAGACUCUAGAAGAAGAUGUGGAGAUAAUUAGUCAAGAACAACUUGAUAAAAAAGUAAAAGGGAUAAAAAAUGAUAUUAAUUAUUUAGAGAAUGCUAUGCCGGAAGUAGGUGGUGCUGGUGGAUCUAAAGGAUCAAGUAAUGUCAAAGGAAGUAUAGAAGUGGAAUAUAAGCCUAAGAAGGAGAAGUUACUUGAUUUUAUACAAGAUAAAGAAAGAGAAGAAACAGUAGAUGGUGGAUUGUGGCGAAGAAAAAUUCAAGUAAAGAUUGAAAAUAGCAAAGAGCCAAUUAGUUUAACCUUAUCAGGAACCAAGGAAGGCGUUGAAGCAGCGAAUGAAGGAAGGGUUCUGAUAAUACCUAAUAAAGGAGAGAAUCAUAAUAUAGAAUCACAAGUAAAGCAGUUGGAAAAGGAAAUAGAUGAUUUGGAAAAUAAAACUGAUAAAAAAGUCAAAGGUUUAAAAAGAAUAGUAAAAAAAAUGAAAGAAAAAGAUAAUAUUUUUCAUCGCCUAGAUCUAGUGAGAAUAGAAGAAGGAUACGAUAAAUUAGAAAAGUUAGAUGAUAAGGAAUUCAUAAUCGGCCUCAACAACCAAGAAGACACUAAACAAUACCAAGCCCAAAUCGAAGUUAACCCUUAUCAAAAAUAA